AUGACGAAAAACACUCGUUCUCAGGAUAAUUUGAUUAGUUCCCUUACGGUAACUAGUCUACAGCAACUCAUAACUGAUGUAGUAAACACCAAGACUGAGCAACUGAUGCAGGAAGUUUUUAUCCUGAAAACUCAACUUGAUGAAUUAAAAAAGACCAAUCAGGCGUUAUUGGAACGUCUAUCAAGUGAUGUAAGCGAAGAAAGUCAGGUAUCUGUUAUCCUUGACCAAAAUUUCCAUUCAGUAAAUGUUGAGGGAAAUAAUACCGACAGCAAAAUUACUGAUAAAGACAUGAAAAAGUUGGAAUCUAAUCGCAAGAUAAAUGUUUUAAAGCCACAAAAAAGCACUAUGAUCGAUAAAUCGAAACAAAAUGUGUUAAAACAUAAACACGCCGUAAUGGGCAAUGGGACGUCUGAUAACGAGAAUCUUGCUGCAGCAAAGCGGCGAAUCUGGCUACACGUUAGUAGAGUACGAUCUGACGUAACGGUUGAUAAAAUUCAGAACUACCUAUCGAGUAAAUGUGAGCAUAGGAACUUUAUUAUUGAGGACAUAUCAUCCACUUCUCCAAAUUCAAAUAAGAGUUUUAAGGUAGGAGCGGACUUUGAGCUACAUGAUACUUUAUAUUCCCCCGACUUUUGGCCAUCUGGGAUUGUAGUAAGAAGACCUAUCAGUCUGGAUGAGGAAUCUAUUGAAAUGCAUGCCGAGUUCUGUGGCAUUGAAAUCCCCGAAUUGAAUACUAUCGUUAUGGCACUAUAUAGACCUAGCACUUCAGGUAAUUUUCAUAAUUUUAUGAAAAAUUUAGAAAAUGUCUUAAAUAAGAUUUUCAAAAAUAACACUAAACUUGUUCUCAUUGGUGACUUCAGUAAAGACUUCCAAACUAACUCCACAGACAUACAAGCCUUAGUUAAUCUUACGAGGUCGUUUGGACUUAACGCUAAAAUCCUAGAUUAUACAAGGAUCACAAAAUGUUCCGCUACUACAAUUGACAAUAUAUUUACUGACUUGCCUGAUGAGUGUUGCUCUUCUGGUGUUAUUGAGCCGGGACUUUCUGACCAUUCAGGUCAAUAUUUGUGCAUUCUUUCAAAGACUGUUAAUGUGGAAAGCAAAAAUAAUUACUUCUCCACCAGGCAUAUCAAUAAAUCGGGCUCAUUCCAAUUAAAAGAACAUCUUAAAUUAAUUGAUUGGUCUUAUAAAGAAUCUACUAGUAAUGACGUUAAUACUUUUGCGGAUUACCUUGUUCACACAUAUAAAUCACUCAUUGAGUUAUGUUUUCCACUGCAAAAAGCUACAGACUCAGCUAGUGGUGUGAUGUGGUUUAAUAAUGAACUCAAAGUUAUGAGGGAUUCAGUAAUAGCUCUUAAAGUAGUUUCAAACAGUUCCAAAGAUAUAGUUGACAAAAAUGCUUAUCUUAAAGCUAGAUAUAAUUACCGAAUGGCUAUUAAGAUAGCUAAAAAAAAUGCAUUCAGUUCUUUUAUAUCUAAUUCUAAUAACAUUUCUAAGGAUACCUGGCGUUUUGUAAACCGGCAUCGUAACAAAAGUAAUGCCUCAAACGUAUCGAAAUUUGAUGUUGAUGAUAUGAAUGAUUACUUCUCAUCUAUUGCUCAUAAGAUUCUAAAAGAGAUUGAUACUACCAUCACAUCUCCAGCUCUAAAUUUAAUGAAUAAAAUGCCUAAUAAUAAUUCCUCAUUUUUCUUGCAUCCGACAUGUGAAAUUGAAAUCUUGAAUGUUAUUAACAAAUUAAAGAAUUCUCCCUCAACUGAUGUUUAUGAUAUAAACGCAAAAAUUUUAAAAUCUACGGUGAACAUAUUGUUAACUCCAUUCACUAACUUCAUCAAUAAAUGUCUUGGCAUUGGAAUUUUUCCUGAUUGCUUCAAAGUGAGUAAAAUUACACCAGUCUUCAAGAAAGGUGACCCUACUAAUAUAGAUAACUAUAGGCCCAUUAGUAUUAUCCCAAUUUUUGGGAAAGUAUUAGAAAUUUUGAUCAAACAAAGACUUGAACUAUACUACGAACGGUUUCAGCUAUUUAAUCCUGUCCAAUUUGGAUUCAGACGGAAUAAUUCAACAUCCAAAGCUCUAUUACACCUUAUCGUAAACAUAAUCGAGGCUAUUGAAAAUGGGGAACAUAGUAGGAUUACAUUAUGCGAUUUAAGUAAGGCUUUUGACUGUGUCAACCACCCCAUACUAAUAUCAAAACUUGAGUUUUAUGGCAUUAGAGGAAUACCACUUAACUUACUGGCAUCCUACCUCACUGGCAGAAAACAGUGUGUCUCUGCAAACGGGCCACUUCUUUUCAUAAUUUACACCAAUGAUUUCUAUACCUGCAUCAAGGAAAACGCUGACUGUGUGAUGUUCGCAGAUGACACAACUAUUAUUACAACUGAUCGUGACAUAAAGACGGCAGCAGCUAAAGCAGAGACAGCAAUGAAAAAUGCCCAAGUUUGGUUUGCCUCCAAUACGUUAAAGCUCAACAAAUCUAAAACCCAGCAACUUGAAGUAUCCUCAAGUAACUCCAUUAGCAUCAGUUCUGUUAAAUUAUUAGGCAUAACUAUUGAUGUAAAUCUAACAUGGAGUGAACAUAUAAAAAAUUUAGCAGGUAAACUAUCUUCAAUUAUCUUCCUAAUACGAAGUAUAAAGAACACUGUUGAUUUUGAAGCGUUAAUGUCUGUUUACUAUGGCUUAUUCCAUUCAAACAUUACCUAUGCUGUAACGAUUUGGGGUGGUUCCACUUCCUCCAUCAGUAUUUUUCGCCUACAAAAAAGUGCUAUUCGCACCAUCUUAGGCCUAGGCUGGCGUGAACACUGUCGCCCUUUUUUUAUCAAACAUCGUUUCAUCAUCAAGAAACAAUUCUCAAGUUAA